AUGUCUGCGGGAUCCGAUUUUAUCAAUUUACUUUGUAAGGAUGAUGUGGCCGCAAAGGCAAUGCUGAUGCAUUAUGGUGUGCUUCUAGCCAGAACAGAGGGUAUCUGGUGGUCUAGGAUGGCAGGAGAGAAGAUUGUCGAGGAAAUGGUUCAUGUAUUAGAGGGCUCCUGGCAAGGCUUCGCUGCUAUGAUCGCAUGGUGUCUUGAACAUAUGAAGGCAUAG